GCAGCAUGUCUCCGCCCAACAUCCUAACGUUGUAUCAUUUUCUUUACAGCCUGGACUUGUAUACUUCCCGCUUUUCCCUAAAGAGCUAUUUUCUCUUGUCGCAUUACGUCAAGGAGCUGGCAUGGCAGCUCCCAGACUCCCAUUCCUGUACCCGAACCUUUUGCGCUCAGUCAGGGCAUGUGAGCCAACGACCUAUCGGUCGAUAAGAUUCCCCCCACCACCACAGCAAGCAUCACACCAGAAGAGCAGCAGCCUAUUCUCAGCAUUUCAUACCAGUCAACUCUGUGAUGCAGAGCCAUUCCACCAGCGCUAUGGGCCGGCUGCAGAGCCUCGAAUUCCCCCUCCUCCGAAGCCAAAAGAUGUGGUCUCCCCAGAGGCCCAGCAGAACACACCCAAGAAGGAACAAACCCAAGCGGACAGGCAGAGAAAGAUGUCUAAACCUUCUGAGCCACAGGAUGUGAAGGAUACGGGGAAAGAGGCUAAAUCAGAUGCCGGAUCCAAGAAAUCCUCACCCUCCUCGUCCGCCGUCUCCGCAUCGUCCACAAACAUUUCGGCGGAGUUACCGUCUCAAGGUAGCAGGGACUCGGCGCAAAAAGCGGGGAUUGAGGCUGCUGCUUCCCCCGAUUCUACGGCAGAAGAACGAAAGGUAGAUUUAUUGAAAGGGCCCCAAGACUUUGUAUUUCAAAUGCCCGGACCCAUAUCUUCCUCGUCACCCGAGGUCGAGGCUCCUUCUCAAUCCCUGCCCCCGGAGAAUUCCCAACAGCAGAAACCCCCGCAUCUGAGCCCGCGGCCAUACGUACACCACUUCGAUACGUACACUCUCGUGAAAGAUCUAGGUCGGUCUGGGUUUACAGAGGAACAGUCCGUGUCCAUCAUGAAGGCUAUCCGAGGCCUACUGGCCGAUAACCUCGAGCUGGCACGGAAAGGCCUUAUAUCCAAAUCCGACGUGGAAAACGAGACGUAUCUUUUUCAGGCGGCAUGUUCGGAGCUUCGAAACUCCGUCCAGGCCUCACGGAAUACAGCCAUACAAGCCCAGCGCUCAGAGCGAGCCCAGCUGCAGCACGAGUUGGAUAUCCUAACGCAGCGCAUGACACAGGAACUGGCAGGGUUGAAAGAUGACUUGAAAGAGAUGUUCAAUGAUCAGAAAAUUUCGACGAGGGAACUACAGCGUUCGCUGGAUACGGCAAUCCAGGAGUUGAAUUAUCAGAUCACCGUGUCGCUGAAUAGUGACGGGAAGAGCGAGGUUGAGGGGCUACGGUGGAUUUUGACCAGGAGAGCCGCGCUGGCUAUUGCCACGAGUGCCAGCAUGAUUAUCCUCGCUCUCAGAUAUUCCUCAUAUAAGCACCGCGAGAAGGAAAAUGCAGCUAAAGGUGCUGCCGCUGAGGUGAAACUCAACGACCAACCUUCCGCUGACCCUUCGUUACCGCCCAUCUCUAGUCCAGAGUCAAUGGCCACAGAGCCGAUUGGGUGAGGACAAGACGGGACAGAAAGCAUAUAUUUCACAUAUUCCAACCGACCUUCCUUGACGCAUAAUCCUAACAGCAGACGUUCAUUCUUUGCCCCCCGAGUUUUUCCCUUCAGCUUUUUCUGUUUGUGGUCGAUAAAGAACCAGCUAGAAACAUCGGGCUUCUUUCAACACUCCGCUUGCGUUUCCAUUUUGAAUAAUUACCUUAUACCCCAACCAAUUAUAUAGACGACCUCGACCUAUAGAUAAUUAAUUUGUCGAACAGUGGGUGAAUAUUUCCUAAUACUUUAAUUGAAACAUAAGUGAUGCCAUAUGACAUAUAGCUCCUGUUUCUCAAUGACCAAUAUCUAUGUCAAGAAUUUACGCAUACCCAUGGCAAGGUAAAAACUUAUGAAUUAUAGUAUGUAUAAAAUAUAUAUGUGUGUUACAAAGCCAACCGGACGGCCGGAUCAUUAUAUCCAAAGUAACCCUAUCUGGACGGAGUAAAUAAAACCAAAUUCUAAAAGUCCAUCCGCAACGCAAUACUCGGUACAUUCCUCUCCCCA